ACCAGAUUCUUAUGACUGGGUGUAUUUAAUAAUGUUACUUCUUAAUAAAUACUUAAAUACUGGAAAUUUUAAUCAAAUGCUUUCAGGGACAUGGCAGGUUUCCUAGGCAGAGUUUAGAUCGACACCUCGGCCACUAACUGCCGAAACUCCUCAAGUUGGAGAUAGCUACCUGACUAUACCUAUUCCCAACAGCCUCCUUUAGUAUAUAUAUGAAUCAUUCAAGUCCUUGUUAUUCAAGAUCAAGGCCUUGACCAAUACUACAUAGGUACCUAAUAGAAAGGAAUACGUGAUGGCCUCAUCAGAUGCUAAGCCGCUCACAGCACAGUGCCAAUGCGGCUACGUCUCGUUCCCAACGCCGACAGCGAAGCCGAUCAUAAGCGCGGACGGGACGCCUCGCUCGUCUGUUAGUAUUAAGGGUGGCUGCAUAGAAGGCUUGGAUUGGAACGGGAAGAUGCAUAUCUUCACGCGCUCGGCUGUUAUGAAAAUUCCUGUCGAAUGGGAGCAGUACGAUACUCUACCUCUGUGGAUGAAGAUGGAUUAAGUGAUUGGGUGUGUUGGGAAGGCGAGCUAGAUGCGUUGUAUACUUUCUUAUAAGUGAUAAGAUAUAAGGAGAAAGAAGAAUCGAAUUUAAGACUGUAUUGAGAUUAUAUUGUGGAAUGACUUAUACAGUUAUGGUACUUCGUACAUGUACG